CCGUUACCAACUUGGUAGAAAAACCAGUUUUCCAAGCUUACUCAUGUAAAAAAGAAAUAACGACAGAAUGACGUAAUCCUCCAAUAUGGCGGAUGACGCGCGCGCUCCCUGCCGCCCGCGCUCGUAGUUUCUUCACCAACUGCCACUCGCCUCGAAUGAUUUCACCUUGCGAUGAAUGAAAAUUGUUGUAGACAGUCCGAGUGCGAAUUAUUCACAUAAUAAACUCAUCACCGGACACAAAAGGUGUAUUGUGAUACAGUGCGUCUAAAGGUGGAUUCGUGGUUGUGUUAUUACCAGUUCUUCCUUUUGUGAGACCGUUGUGUUUACGUGCUGAAAAAUCAUCGAGUGCAAAAUCUACAGGUCUCUGGAGUCGCCGGUGCAGUGUUUAAUGGGAUCUUGUUGAUCAACAGGUUGUGAAGGUCGCGCGGCAAGAUGCCGGAGGGAGUGGCCAAGGAGGCCAAGGACGAUGGCAAGGCGAAGGCCAAGGAGUCGCCGAGGCGCCGCCCCGCGGGGAACAUCGCCAGGGUCAAGGUCGAGCUGCUGGAUGGCUCCACCAUGGAUUUGGAGGUUGAUAGAAAGAUCAGAGGACAGGAGCUCCUGGCGAAAGUAUGCGACAAGCUGAACUUAGUGGAGAAGGACUACUUCGGACUGCUGUACGAGGACAGAGGCGACCCUCGCGUCUGGGUCGACCUCGAGAAGCGGCUCUCUAAGAUGCUUAAACAUGAGCCAUGGUACGUGCGGUUCUCAGUGAAAUUCUAUCCACCGGAGCCCGCGCAGCUGCAAGAGGAACUCACGCGGUAUCAGCUCGUCUUGGCCGUCAGGAAAGACUUGCUAGAAGGUCGUCUCCCGUGCUCGACGGUGACGCACGCGCUGCUGGCGAGCUACCUGCUGCAGUCGGAGCUGGGCGACCACGAGCCGGCGCAGGGCCCGCAGCUGUGCCGCACGCUGCGCCUCGUGCCCGCCGCCGCCGCCACGCCCGACCUCGAGGAGAAGGUGCUCGAGCUGCACAAGACGCACAGAGGUCAAACCCCAGCGGAGGCGGAACUGAACUACUUGGAGAACGCGAAGAAGCUGGCCAUGUAUGGAGUAGACUUGCACCCCGCUAAGGACUCGGAGAAUGUCGACAUCACGCUCGGCGUUUGCUCUUCUGGACUUCUGGUUCAUCGGGAGAAACUCCGCAUCAACCGUUUCGCGUGGCCCAAAAUCCUGAAGAUCAGCUACAAACGGCACAACUUCUACGUGAAGCUGCGGCCGGGCGAGUUCGAGCAGUUCGAGUCCACCGUCGGCUUCAAGCUCGCCAACCAUCGCGCUGCCAAGAAGCUGUGGAAGACUUGCGUUGAACACCAUACGUUCUUCAGACUGAUGUCCCCGGAGCCGGCGACGAAGAGCAGCCUGUUCCCGCGCCUCGGCUCGCGCUUCCGCUACUCCGGCCGCACGCACUACGAGUCGCGCGCCGCGCCGCCCGCGCGCCCGCCGCCGCACUUCGCCAGGACGCUGUCCAACCGCAAGCUGUCGUCGCGUAGUAUGGAUGCUCUUGCAGCCGGCGACAAAGAUGAGUCCAUGCCACCAGACGCGGCGAAACGCCACACCAUGCCGCCCCAACCAGCGCCGCGACCCACCAUCAAAGACAAGCUGCGGCGGCGCUCGGGCGGCACGGCCAGCGCCUCGUCCGCCUCCUCGCUCGAGGGCGAGUACCUCGCCGACAAACACGACAAGAAACCGCCACCUGGUGCCGUCAAGGUGAUGCCAACAGCACCUCCCGACAAGAAGGAAGAAAAGAAAGUGGCUGAACAGAGGAAACCUGCUGAAAACGGCACAGACACGACGAGCGACCCGGGUAUCACGAACAACGUCGAGACGACGCCCAAGAAGUCCAAGACCGGCGGAUUCGGACUGUUCGGUGGCCGAAAGGAAAAAUCGCCAAAAGAGGAGAAAUCACCGAAAGAGAAAUCUCCAAAAGAAAAGUCUCCCAAAACGAAAGAUAAGAAAGAUAAAGAUCCGAAAAUCAAAGUGGCCGCGCUUGACACGUCGAAUGACAGUUCCAACCUCGAUAGUUCACUUGACAAGAGUCCCGCUAAGGGUGGAGACAAGCCUUCAUUCACCAAACCUUACGAAUACACCGACACAGAGAAGAGUCCAACACGCACCAAGCCCUUCAUUCAAGGCGCCUUCAGUUACGAGAAGGAACCUAUCUCCGAGGAGAAACAGCGGGCGUUAGAUGACAGCCAGAGCCCCACUACUAGGAAGGCUGGACUCGCAUUUAACUACGCUCCCGGAGAAGAUAGAAAGGUGGCCGAGAGUGCAGAGAAACGCAAAACCCCAGAAGACCCAAGCAAGCUGAAAACGCCUGGACUUGAUUACGUCCAGUCGGCAGCUUUGAAAGAGCAAGCCAAGAACCUUAUCGACCCAACUCUUGCUUUACUAGACUCUGAAAGGUCACAUCAUGAAGUACCUACAGCUGUUCCGGUACUUGCAGCGAAGCCUGAGAACGAAAUCCAAGUGGUCAUCAUCACAGGCCGCUACAACCCCAAGUCUAAGAAACUUGAUGACGCGAAUGGUACCAUCCUGGUCACCAAGGGCACGUUGAACAAAGCCAACGGAAAGAUACAGACUGAUAAGGAACUUAUCAACACAAAGUCUGGACAAGUCAGUUACACAGACCCCGCGACCGGCAAGCAGGAGGUUAAAAACGGACACGUUGAUAAGUCUGGACAUAUUCUAUUUACGUCCGGCGUUAUUGAUCCCAAGACCGGCAAGAUUGACCCAACAUUGGCCCAACAGUACUGCUUCGUUGAAAGAUCACCAGACAAGAUUGGAGCCAAGCCUGGCCGCGAUGUUGACUUGGUCGUCAUUACUGGCAAAUAUGAUGGCAAGAAUAAGAAGUUGGAUGCUUCUCAUGGACACGUCGAUGUGUCCAGAGCAGUCGUUGGACCAGACGGCUACGUCGCAUCAAAUUACGGAGUCAUCGACCCAAGAACCGGCAAAAUUGAAUAUAUUGAACCCAAAACAGGCAAAGAAGAACCCAAACAAGCCUACGUUGACCAGAAAACAGGCAACAUUUUGGUCACCACUGGUGUUUUGGAUCCCAAAUCUGGAAAGGUCGACUCUUCAUUGGGUCAGCAAUUCAGCAUAGUCGAAAAGGACGCGACUAAAGCUAACCGUGAAGUCAGAUUAGUAGUCGUUACAAGCAAAUAUGACUUGAAGUCUAAGAAGUUAGAUCCUAAUUUCGCUCACGUUGACUCUGUCAAGGGAGUCCUCAGCGGCACUGAUGGCAAGAUUUACACUGAGUACGGUAUCAUUGACCCCAGGACUGGAGAAAUCCAAGUCACUGACUCCAAAACAGGCAAACAAGAGACCAAACAAGCGACAGUCGAUCCCAAGACUGGAAAUAUUCUAUUACUUUCUGGAGUUAUCGACCCAAGAACUGGAGAGCUAGAUACUUCGCUUGGACAACAAUACAGCAUUGUUGACAAACCUAUCGACACCUUUGGAAGCUGUUCGGGUAAAGAAGUCCAAGUUGUCGCGAUUACAGGCAAGUUCGACUCUAAGAGCAAGAAGUUAGAUAAUCCCAAUGGAUUCAUUGAAACGUCUCACGCUAUCAUUAGCGACAAAGAUGGCAAAGUACAUUCAAACUUCGGUGUACUAGAUCCUAACAAUGGAAAAGUUUACUUCACGGAUCCUAAGACAGGCAAGCGUGAUUCCAAACAAGCUAUUGUCGACGCCAAAACUGGAAGUUUCAUCCUUACAUCUGGAGUCAUUGACCCUAAGACUGGCAAAUCUGACUCAUCAUUGGCUCAGCAAUUGACUGUAGUCGACAAGGACGCACCUAAGGGUAUUCCUGAAAGAUACGUCAACUUAGUGGUUGUUACAUCUAAGUAUGAUCCCAAGAAUAAGAAGUUAGACAUUACCAACGCACAUGUCGACAGCUUCCCGGGCAAAUACAGCAAUGAUGAUAAAGUUAUUACUGACUUCGGUGUUGUCGAUCCAGAGACUGGUGACAUCGUCUUUACUGACCCUGUAACAGGCAAGCAGGAAGUCAAGAAAGCUGCCAUUGAUCCUAAGACCGGCAAUUUGUUACUCACUUCAGGUGUUGUUGAUCCUCAAACAGGCAAAGUUGAUCCAACUUUGGGCCAACAGAUUACUGUCGUAGACAAGCCUAAAGAUACCUUCCCUUCGGUAGCGGGCAAAGAAGUCCAGCUCGUUGUGAUUACAAGCAAAUAUGAUUCCAAAUACAAGAAGUUGGAUAGCCCUAAUGGACACAUUGAGACAUCUCGAGGCAUCGUGACUGCUGACGGUAAAGUCCACACCAACUUCGGCGUAAUUGACCCCAAGACUGGUAAGAUUGACCAUGUCGAUCCUAAAACCGGUAAACAAGAGAUCAAACAAGCCGUCGCCGAUCCUAAGACCGGGCACUUGAUCAUUUCUUCCGGAGUCGUAGACCCGAAGACAGGAAAACAAGACUCUUCGCUGGCGCAACAAUUCGCUAUUGUUGACAAAGAUAGAGUAGCACCCGAGAGAUGGGUCAACCUUGUGAUCGUUACGUCAAAAUACGAUCUGAAGAACAAGAAACUGGAUCUUAACAACGCUCAUGUAGAUAGCAUCCCUGGCAAAGUCGGCGCUGAUAACAAAGUACACACGAAGUUCGGUGUCGUCGACCCCAACACUGGUGACAUCAUAGUAACCGACCCAGUCACUGGCAAGCAAGAGGUUAAAAAAGCUUCUGUCGACCCCAAAACUGGCAAUCUGCUUCUUACGUCAUCAGUUGUUGACCCAGUUACAGGUCACGUUGAUCCUACGCUAGGACAACAGAUCAGUGUAGUAGAUAAACCAAAAGACCAGUUCGCCGCAGUUCCUGGCAAGGAAGUACAGUUGGUUGUUAUUACGAGCAAGUAUGACCCUAAGACCAAGAAACUCGAUAACCCCAACGGCCAUGUCGAAACAUCUCGUGGUGUCAUUGCCCCUGAUGGUAAAGUACAUACUAACUUCGGAGUUAUUGACCCCAAGACGGGUAAGAUCGAACAUGUUGAUCCUAAGACAGGUAAACAAGAGAUCAAGCAAGCUAUUGCUGAUCCUCAGUCGGGGCAUUUGAUACUGACAGCAGGAGUUGUCGACCCUAAAACAGGCAAAACUGACUCCAGCCUUGCGCAGCAGUACGCCAUUGUUGACAAAGAUGCGCCUAAAGAAAGAUACGUCAACCUCGUCAUUGUUACGUCUAAGUAUGAUCCUAAGAAUAAGAAACUGGAUCUUACUAACGCCCAUGUUGAUUCUAUUCCCGGUAAAAUUGGCGCCGACGGUAAAGUGCACACUGAGUUCGGAGAAGUUGACCCGACAACGGGAGAUAUCAUUAUCAAAGACGCAGUCACUGGUAAACGCGAAACUAAAGUCGCUACUAUUGAUCCUAAGACCGGUAACCUGUUACUCACAUCGGGAGUCGUCGAUCCUCAGACAGGCCAAGUUGAUCCUAACCUAGGACAACAGAUCAGCGUAGUAGAUAGACCGAAAGACACCUUCACACCAGUUCCUGGUAGGGAAGUUCAACUGGUCAUUAUCACAUCUAAGUACGACCUUAAGAAUAAGAAGCUUGACAACCCGAACGGACACAUUGAGACCUCAAGAGGUAUUGUAGCAGCUGACGGCAGGGUUCACACCAACUACGGCAUUAUUGACCCGAAGACUGGAAAGAUCGAACAUGUAGAUCCCAAGACCGGUAAGCAUGAGACGAAGCAAGCGGUUGCCGAUCCCGGCGUAGGUUUCAAAUCCGGCAACCUCAUCCUAACCUCAGGCGUUGUGGACCCCAAAACUGGCAAACCAGACUCAUCGCUCGCUCAACAAUUCACGAUUGUUGAGAAGGAGACGAAGCCUGUUGAAAGAGAGAUUCAUCUCGUUAUCAUUACCACGAAAUACGACCCGAGGACAAAGAGGAUUGAUCCCAGCCAAGGUCACGUGGACACCAUCAGCGGUGUUCUCGGAGCUGAUGGAAGGAUUCGUACUGCGGUUGGUAUCGUUGACCCUGCGACUGGAGAGAUUGUCGUCACUGACCCUAAGACCGGCAGACAAGAAGUCAAGCGAGCUGAAGUACAUCCUGAAACUGGUCACAUGGUAUUUACAAGUAACGUCGUAGACCCCAAGACUGGCAGAGUCGAUCCUACGCUGGUUCAGCAAUACAGCAUUGUUAACAAACCAGUUGUGCCUUUUACGAAGCCAGCUUCCAAGGGCGAAGUACGCUUGGUCAUCGUCACCAGUAAAUACGAUCCUUACACGAAGUCUGUCGAUGCCGCCGCCGGUAACGUCGAGGCUGCUAAAGGCUACGUCAGCGCUGAAGAUGGAAAGAUUCACACAGACUUUGGUAUCAUUGACCCGAGGUCCGGACAAAUCUUGUACAAAGACCCGAUAACUGGUAAACAAGAAUUGAAACAAGCCGACAUCGAUCCUAAAACAGGAAACUUGAUCAUUACAACUGCAGUGAUUGACCCCAAGACUGGAAAGGUUGAACCUUCGUAUGCUCAGCAGUUGAGCAUUGUUGAUAAGCAGAAUGUGUUGAAGGCAGCGCCAAUUACUCAGAGAUCUAGCGUGUCUCCCGCUAAGCAAGUACCGUCGCCAGUGAAGACGCCGACGCCUACACCUGUUCAGACUCCUCUACAAUCUCCCGUGCGUACCUCUUCACCUAUUACAAGCUACGCACAAAAGUCUUCUCCUCUCACGCCAACAAUGAAGGCGCCAGUCAAACCAACGACAGCACCUCCAGAACCACCUAAGAGGAAGAUUGUCAAAAUCAUGGUUAUCUUUACUAAACUUGACCCUAAGACCAAGAAGCCUGAUCUUAACACCGCUGAAGUAGAACAUCUUACUGGCAUUCUUGAUCCAAAUGGCUUGAUUGAAACUAAAUACGGAGUCAUUGAUUCCAAUACCGGUAACAUUGUCAUCACAGAUUCAGCUGGUCAAAAGCAAAGCCGCGAUGGUUACGUUCUGACUGAAACCGGACAAAUCUUCAUCAACUCUGGUGCCAUUGAUCCGAAAACAGGAAAGCUUGAUCCCAACUUAGGCAUGAUUCUUAGUGUUGCUAAACAAGAGGACCCAGUGGUUGAGAUCACCACAAUUACAGGUCCUAUUGACCCUAAGACAGGUAAAGUUGAUAUUGAAAAGGGUACAGUGGAACACACUAAAGGCAAGGUUGAUGCGGAAACUGGUCAUAUCUCUACUAAAUACGGUGUUAUCGAUCCAUCGAAUGGUGUUAUAUUCGUAACAGAUACAUCUGACACUAAGCCCGUUCACAUCGAUGAAAAUAACGGCCUAAUCACCAUUAGGGGUGUCGUAGAUCCCAAGACUGGCAAACCUGAUCCUAACGUUGGACAAGUCAUCGUCGUUGGUACACACAUUGACCCAGUAGUCGAAGUCACAACAUUCGUUGGUAAAUUGGACACCAAGAAGGGACUUAUCGAACCCAAGCAUUCCCUCGUGGAAAGCAGCACUGGUCAAAUCAACCCUGACAACAACAAAAUCGACACCAAAUACGGACAGAUUGAUCUUGUUAAGGGCACCGUUACGUACAAUGAUCCCAAGACAGGUAAAUUCGAGAGCAGAGAGCUCAAAGUGGACCCUGUCACUGGUCAGUUCUUACUGAAGACGGGACAGAUCAACCCCAAAUCUGGUAAGCCAGACAAGGAUGUAGCUAGAAUGAUCUGCUUGAGAAUCAUCAAGAAUAAGGUAGACCCCGUUUCAGGCAAACAAAUCGUAUCCAACGACCCCAAGAACGUCAAAGUGGAUCCUAAGACCAACCAGAUUUGGAUUGCUGGACCUAAAGACCCAGUAUCUGGAGAAGUUAUCUACACAGCUGGUCAAGUCGACCCCAUCACCGGUUACAUCAUCACGAUAUACGGUCGUCUGGACCCCAAGACUGGCACCAUCGUCAGGACACACGAUGUUGAUAAGUCACUCAUCAAGGUUGAUCCAGUCAACGGACAGAUCUACACAGCAACCGGAGAAGUUGACGAGGACAACCACCCACUGUACUCCGCGUCACAAGUCGAUCCCAGCACAGGAGAGAUUUACACCAAACUCGGCAAGAUCGAUCCCCAGACAGGCAGGUUAAUCAUCAUUAAGAUCUUCAUCAUCACACAGAAAGACGACAAAGGACGAGUUAAGGAAGUUGAUCCUAAAGAAUGUACCAUCGAUGAAACUACCGGCAGAAUCAUCACAACAAAGACAGUGUACUUGUACCAGAUCAUUGAUCCCAUCACUGGAGAAACUAUCGAUGUCGACCCUGAUGACCCGAGGUUGAAGGGCGCGCGAACAACUGUCACACAGACUAUGACGUUAUCCGGCAAGAUCGACCCCGUCACCGGCAGGAUAAAGACUGAAUACGGAGACAUUGACCCCGAUACUGGUGACAUUGACCCCAGCACAGCCGUCAGAGACCCCGUCACCGGACAACUGAUCCUACACUACUCACAAAUCGAUCCCUCACACUUUGAAGACAAGAGCGGCAACUACACGAUAGAGAAAGAAACACAGGAUCUUCCCGCGAACAUUGAUAUUCAGACAGUCAACACGCAUAAGUUCUCCACUUUCGGCAAGGACGAGAGUCCGCUGAGAGGAGACGAGCCCAAAACAUUCACAGAGUACACGACGAGCGAGCACAUACGGCAUCAGGGCUACGUGUCGUCAUCCACCCCUCUUUCCUCCAAGAUCCCGGUUUCACAGCGCUCUAAGAAGACGCCGACCCCUCCCGUCGUGGUGAAGACCACGACCAAACAGCUCCUGACGAAAAAUGACGAGGGCGUCACCCACAAUGUGGAACAGGAGGUGGAGAACCUCGGCACCGGCGAGGUCACCUUCUCCACGCAUACCAACAAGGCGGAAAGUUUGGAGCCUGCGGAGGGCGGCAAGAGUCCGUAUGUGCGGGCCAGGGCUGUCACCACGCGGACCGCGACCACGCACCACGACCUGGACACACAGGCGAGGACACAGCAGUUGGAGGAGAAGACCGUCGCACACACGCUCACAUCGUCAGCCACCAGGCACGAACAGCGAGUGCUGACCCAUGAGCUCAAGACCAUGGUCACCACUGGCGACCAGCUGACUCGCCGCGGCUCGGAAUCUUCCCUCAGCAGUGGAGACUCGGGCACUCCAAUAGAUUUCGAUGAGGGCGCCGGCGAAGGACAUUACUACGUCACGGAGCCGGGCUCUUACAAGACGACGACAACUACGACGGUGAUGGGUAACGCGCCGUUCGGCAGCAUGGUGCACGGCGCCACCACUAGGACAAGCACAGGCCCCGUAGUGACAGAGCCCGAGGAGACGACGGAGACGCAGGAGAGCGUGUCGGCGGACGGCGAGGUGGUCUCCUCGCAGACCAUCAGCUCCAAGACGCGCACUGUCGAGACCAUCACCUACAAGACGGAGCGUAACGGCGUGAUCGAGACGCGCGUGGAGCAGAAGAUCACCAUCCAGUCCGACGGAGACCCCAUCGACCACGACCGGGCGCUGGCUGAGGCCAUACAGGAAGCAACAGCGAUGAACCCAGACAUGACAGUGGAAAAAAUCGAGAUCCAGCAACAAAGCACGCAACCCUAAGCUCCGAGCAACUGUUGCGCCACAGUUGCUCCACCAGGCGACGCCGUGUACAGCCCGUACAGCUAGAUGUAAGCGAUAAAAAUGCGAAUAUUAAUCACUAAGUUAUUUCAAACGAACAUUUAUAUUGAUUAAUUAAUAAAAAGUUAAUUAUAUUUAAUAUUUGAUGUUGUCACGUCGUGCACUUUACGAGUUUGGGCGGGGGCUGUGUUCGAGUCGAUAGGAUUGUAGUCACGUACAUUGAUAUGUAUAAUUAUAUCGAUAAUUAAGUAAGUGUUCAUGUAUCGAUAUGUCGAUAUAUUCAUAAGAUUUUUAUGAUCACAAUUCCUUGAAACUUCCAGAAAGAAUAUUAUUAAAUAACUCGUUUUUAUAUUCUGUGUCGAUGGAACCGCCUUCGCCCCGAGAAAAUGCAAUUUUAUAUUGUAAAAUAUUAUCAUAAGUAUUGCAGCAUUUUUCUUUUUUAUAAUAAGCUUAGGAUAUAAGGCAUCCAUACAAUCCGGACGGCAUAGGGCUUCGUAGAAAUAUAAAUGUUGCCAUAGUAAAAAAAUAUAAAGGUGUUUUUGUAUUACUAUAUGGAAAAAAAUCAUUUUAUGCCUUGUGUUUGACAAAUCUGGCUGGAUAAUGUUUUAAAAUAAAUGUAUAAACCUUGCUCAAAUCAUUAACGUAUUUAGCUUCGGGUGAACGACACUGCCAGUAUACCAGCCACUGAAUCGUGAAAAUGUAAUACACAUUGUAGAUUUUAUAAAAUGUUUCAUCAAGCUAGGCUUAGCCCAAAAUAUCUACUUUUUAAUAAAAAGCAUUUUUAAACGUAAAAUAUUAAUCGUCUAGGUCUAAAUUACUAAUAUCCAGCCAGGUUGGAACACGAGCUAAUUUUCUAUAACGGAAUAGCUUUAAAAUAUUGUCACACGAGUUAGACCACCGUUUUUAGGUAUAAAAGAAUACAAAUUAUUAAUUUUUCUCCUCCCUUCUAUUUAAAUCGUCGGUAUACAAUGUAGUGCGGGACUAAUUGGUUAUCUAUCGAUACUUUUGUGAUGCUUUCACGAAAUAUCGACAAAUCUAAAAAUUAUUAUGUAACGUUGUUGAAAAGAUCUAAAAAUCAUUGUUGAUUUAUUGUUGAAAGAAUCACAAGGUAUAUCGAGAACUACAAAAGUAUAUGUUAAAAAGAUAUAUUAUUGACGUGUUGCUAUGGACUAUAUUAUAUCUGCACGCUCGCUAUAUUAGGUACAGAGCUGUUGCUUUAUCGAUAAAAAAAACUGUUUUUUUUUUUUCAAUCUUAUUUUCGAUAAAAAACAAUUAUGGUAUGAUUCAGUCUUUUGGAAGCUUAUACGGCUUAACAAUCGUCUAUAAUCUACAAAAUCGCUAGCUUACAGUCGAGUAUAUAACAUUAAGUUAAUAAAGUGCUUUAUUGUUGUGUUGGCCGGCUGUGUACGUAGUGUCGCGAGCGAUAUUCACCACUAGGUGCUACUACUUAGGGUCUAGAGUUAGGUGCGUGUUAGUGGCAGCUUGGUGUCGCUGAGCGAGGGCCAGCGAACAUUCGUUGCAUUCGACAGUUCUGCUAACCAACGACAUUCCAUACUUCACAAACUUAAGUCUAGGAGUAAACGCUACAUCAUGACACAGAGUGUUUGUUUCUUUAUUAUUAUUAUUUGUCUUAAGGCUUCGUCUGAUUGCGAUCACUUUGCGAGCUCGUCUACAAUAGUCGACCUAUAUGAAUAUAUUGUUUAAUAUCGAUUCAAACCCUUUCCAUACGAAAUAAGGCAAUUCCAGUCUUAUUAUGUACAGUGUGUAGUUAUUUUCAUAGUUUGACGAUGAUCGCACAAAACUAUUGUAAGUGAACGGCUGCGAGCUCGCAAAGUCCACGCAAUCCUAAUAAAUAAGUUGGAAUGAUACUGAUAUUGUACAAUUUAUUAUUAUUAUACUAUAAUAUUAAUAUAUUUCAUACACGCUAGACGUAAACAUUAUUUUGUAUUAGAGUUUAAGUUUUAAACGCUGGUUUAAAAUCAGAUUUUAUGUAUCAGCGGAUAACGUUUUGGUAUGUUUAUUUGUUUCAUCUAGCUGUGACAUCUGUGGCAACCAAAAUGGCGGCUUGUGACGUCAUCGGUAGCUGAGUGUCCUAGUAGCAAUAUGUGUGGAACAAAUGAAUAGGACAGAACGUUAUCUCUUUUUAUAAAUUUGACAUUUUAUUGUAAUUUUGUUCUUGGAUAUGCUGUCAAAUAUGGAUUAAAUGAAAUUAUUACACAAUUAUUUGUAAUCUUUGUCUAUAUCACCUAACUAUGACAUUUACGUUGAUAUUUGAGGUACAGUCAGUAAUAGAUGUCGAUAAAAAAAUUCGCCAUCCAAGUGAGUUUGACAUUUAUCGACAUUUAUUUCGUGAGUGUACGCGAUAUUCUGUCUUGUGUUAAUUUGCGACUCUACUUGUAUUCCUUGUUUUGAGGCAGACAACUAUUUCAAUACCUUACAUUUUUGUACGGAGUCUGAAACUCGGUUAAAUAGUACUUUAACUAAGUGAUGUUAAUGUCGAAAAAAAAAACUUCGUCUGUCUAAUAACAAUGUGUACAAGUGGGGUGUUAUUAUAUUUAUUGUAGAUGUUUAUUUUUGUAUCGAGUGGCCCUGCUCCGUAAGCGGUAUCGAGGAGAGUUAGGUAUUACAAAUAAACAAUGCUUUGUUUUA